CCACCAUGAGCCUCAGUGAGGAGCAGGCCCGGAGCUUUCUCGACCAGAACCCCGAUUUUGCCCACCAGUACUUUGGGAAGAAACUGAGCCCCGAGAAUGUGGCCGCAGCCUGCGAGGACGGGUGCCCGCCGGGCUGCCACAGCCUCCGGGAGCUCUGCCAGGUGGAGGAGAGCACGGCACUGCUGGAGCUGGUGCAGGACAUGCAGGAGAGCAUCAACAUGGAGCGUGUGGUGUUCAAGAUCCUGCGGCGCCUCUGCACCCUCCUGCAGGCCGACCGCUGCAGCCUCUUCAUGUACCGCCAGCGCAACGGCGUGGCCGAGCUGGCCACCAGGCUCUUCAGCGUGCAGCCGGACAGCGUCCUGGAGGACUGCCUGGUGCCCCCCGACUCCGAGAUCGUCUUCCCGCUGGACAUCGGGGUCGUGGGCCACGUGGCUCAGACCAAGAAGAUGGUGAACGUCAAGGACGUGGCCGAGUGCCCUCACUUCAGCUCAUUUGCUGACGAGCUCACUGAGUACAAGACAAAGAAUAUGCUGGCCACACCCAUCAUGAAUGGCAAAGACGUCGUGGCGGUGAUCAUGGCGGUGAACAAGCUCAACGGCCCGUUCUUCACCAGCGAAGACGAAGAUGUGUUCUUGAAGUACCUGAAUUUUGCCACGUUGUACCUGAAGAUCUAUCACCUGAGCUACCUCCACAACUGCGAGACGCGCCGCGGCCAGGUGCUGCUGUGGUCGGCCAACAAGGUGUUUGAGGAGCUGACGGACAUCGAGAGGCAGUUCCACAAGGCCUUCUACACGGUGCGGGCCUACCUCAACUGCGAGCGGUAUUCCGUGGGCCUCCUGGACAUGACCAAGGAGAAGGAAUUUUUUGACGUGUGGCCUGUGCUGAUGGGAGAGUCCCAGCCGUACUCGGGCCCACGCACACCUGAUGGCCGGGAAAUCAUCUUCUACAAAGUGAUCGACUACAUCCUCCACGGCAAGGAGGAGAUCAAGGUCAUUCCCACACCCCCAGCCGAUCACUGGGCCCUGGCCAGCGGCCUUCCAAGCUACGUGGCGGAAAGCGGCUUUAUUUGUAACAUCAUGAACGCUUCCGCCGAUGAAAUGUUCAAAUUUCAGGAAGGGGCCCUGGACGACUCCGGGUGGCUCAUCAAGAAUGUGCUGUCCAUGCCCAUCGUCAACAAGAAGGAGGAGAUUGUGGGAGUCGCCACGUUUUACAACAGGAAAGACGGGAAGCCCUUUGACGAACAGGACGAGGUUCUCAUGGAGUCCCUGACACAGUUCCUGGGCUGGUCAGUGAUGAACACCGACACCUACGACAAGAUGAACAAGCUGGAGAACCGCAAGGACAUCGCGCAGGACAUGGUCCUUUACCACGUGAAGUGCGACAGGGACGAGAUCCAGCUCAUCCUGCCAACCAGGGCGCGCCUGGGGAAGGAGCCUGCUGACUGCGAUGAGGACGAGCUGGGCAAAAUCCUGAAGGAGGAGCUGCCAGGACCCACCACAUUUGACAUCUACGAAUUCCACUUCUCUGACCUGGAGUGCACCGAACUGGACCUAGUCAAAUGUGGCAUCCAGAUGUACUACGAGCUGGGCGUGGUCCGAAAGUUCCAGAUCCCCCAGGAGGUCCUGGUGCGGUUCCUGUUCUCCAUCAGCAAAGGGUACCGGAGAAUCACCUACCACAACUGGCGUCACGGCUUCAAUGUGGCCCAGACGAUGUUCACGCUGCUCAUGACCGGCAAACUGAAGAGCUACUACACGGACCUGGAGGCCUUCGCCAUGGUGACAGCCGGCCUGUGCCACGACAUCGACCACCGCGGCACCAACAACCUGUACCAGAUGAAGUCCCAGAACCCCUUGGCUAAGCUCCACGGCUCCUCGAUUUUGGAGCGGCACCACCUGGAGUUUGGGAAGUUCCUGCUCGCGGAGGAGACCCUCAACAUCUACCAGAACCUGAACCGGCGGCAGCACGAGCACGUGAUCCACCUGAUGGACAUCGCCAUCAUCGCCACGGACCUGGCCCUGUACUUCAAGAAGAGAGCGAUGUUUCAGAAGAUCGUGGAUGAGUCCAAGAACUACGAGGACAAGAAGAGCUGGGUGGAGUACCUGUCCCUGGAGACGACCCGGAAGGAGAUCGUCAUGGCCAUGAUGAUGACAGCCUGCGAUCUGUCUGCCAUCACCAAGCCCUGGGAAGUCCAGAGCAAGGUCGCACUUCUCGUGGCUGCUGAGUUCUGGGAGCAAGGUGACUUGGAAAGGACAGUCUUGGAUCAGCAGCCCAUUCCUAUGAUGGACCGGAACAAGGCUGCCGAGCUCCCCAAGCUGCAAGUGGGCUUCAUCGACUUCGUGUGCACAUUCGUGUACAAGGAGUUCUCUCGUUUCCAUGAAGAGAUCCUGCCCAUGUUCGAUCGACUGCAGAACAAUAGGAAGGAGUGGAAGGCGCUGGCUGAUGAGUAUGAGGCCAAAGUGAAGGCUCUGGAGGAGAAGAAGGAGGAGAGGGUGGCGGUCAAGAAAGUAGGCACAGAAAUUUGCAAUGGUGGCCCAGCACCCAAGUCUUCAACCUGCUGUGUCCUGUGAGCACUGGUCCCGUGGGGACCCCAUGGCUCCCUCAAUCUUCACCCACUAGGAUUUGGGUUCUGCCUGUGGCCAUUUGCUACAAGAGGUUAGGAAGCCCAAGAAAAUGACUGAAGAUCAUCCUGGAUUUUUUUUUUUUUUUUUUUUUUUUUGAGACGGCGUCUUGCUCUGUCACCCAGCCUGGAGUGCAGUGGCGCGAUCUCGGCUCACUGCAAGCUCUGCCUCCCGGGUUCACGCCAUUCUCCUGCCUCAGCCUCUCCGAGUAGCUGGGACUACAGGCGCCUGCCACCACGCCCGGCUAAUUUUUUGUAU